AGCUAAGACAAUUAUCAGUCGAGUUUUGCAACGCCAAGUGAACGGUUCGAAAGUUCAAAAAAAAGAAGAAAAUAGAACAAAAAAUCCAAACAAAAAGUUUUACAAAACCAUAAAUCAUGCCUUUGAAGAAGAAAGACGAUUACAUACCCAUCAAGUGUGAGGGCUGGAAUGGGAAAUUCCUUUAUGCUCCCGGUACUACCAACAAUGUUUCGAAAGUACGUCGUCACAAUCAAAAUGUUACGGAUACCUCGAAUUUCUAUGGCUUCUGCAAUGAGCCCAUUGUUCUGCCCACCGCCUGGGAUGGUACCUUCAAGCAGGGCGAUGAGGUGCGCAUUCAACCCGAUCGCAAUCGUUCCGAUGACUCGGAAUACUUCCAAUACAACACCACACCGACUGUACUACCCACCUCCUGGAAUGGCCAAUUCGAAAAGGAUCCCAGCGAUGUGCGUAUAAUUCCAGAGCGCAAUUUCUCCGAUGUACGUGAUUAUGCUGAGGCAAGUCGUUUUCGUCCUGUCAACUAAAUUGAAUUGAAGUGAUUCUCAAAAGGGAAAUAGCUGGAAGCCUUGGAAACGCUAUAUAUAGGGAAAGUUACUCUUAAUGGAAUGGCAUGGCAUGGAUUGGAAUGUGCGCGAAUAUGUUGGCGUUUAACGUGGACAUUUGUUCUAUUUCACCAACCUAUCAACCUACCAAUCAACCACCUACCAACUACCUACUAAUUAUUCUUAACUUGUUUUUUGGUUUAGUUUUUUUUUUUUGUUUUAAUUUUUGUUAUUGUUCUCAUUAACUUUAGUAUGAAACGUCUUUGGUUCUAUAACACGAUGACGUAGCCUUUAAGUGUCACCUUUGUUUAUUUAUAAAAGUUUAGAGUAAACACAAUUCCAUUAUGCAAUAAAAACAACAACAACAACAACAAUCAAAACAGUUCGAAUUUA